AACUAAAAGUACAAACCAAAAAGGAAAAGGAAAAUAGUCAUAAUUGAUGGGUGCGGGAGGCAUAUAAAUACAUAUGGCGACAAAGAUGAGAAGCAAAACCCUAAUUAGAUAAAGAAGAUUCAGAAGCACGUUUUCUUCAGAUAUCAAUGACUAUACCUGAGCUUCCAGAGGAUCUGGUAGAGGAAAUACUCUGUCGCGUUCCGGCCACUUCCCUGAAACGAUUAAGAUCAACUUGCAAACGAUGGAACCGUUUAUUCAACGACGAUUGGAGAUUCGCAAGAAAGCACUUGGAUAAAGCCACUAAGCAGUUUAUGGUUCUCUUGUUGAUAAAGAAGUACAACAUUGCUUUGGUGAGCAUCGAUCUCAAUAGAACCAUUCCAUCUGUAGAAGUAAAUACUGCAUAUAGCCUAAUCGAUCCUCAGCCUGAGUAUUCAUCUAAAUUCUAUGUAAGCCGGGUCAUUCACUGUGACGGAGUGUUGUUAUGCACCUCCUCCGUUGACAACUCUAGAAUCGUGGUUUGGAACCCGUUAACUGGUGAACAAAGGUGGAUCAGAACCGGCGAUGGUAGCGAAGGUGGCCGCGCCUUUAAUAUCGGAUACGUUAACAAAUCCUGCAACAAGAGCUACAGAGUCUUGAGCUAUUAUUAUGGUAAAUAUAAUUUUGAAAUGUACGAGUUUAACUCUGACACAUGGAGGAGUCUUGGUGAUAUAUGUCCAGGCUGGCGCUUAUGGGCAUAUAUGCUUGUGUCCUUGAAGGGGAGCACUUACACGUUUGCUGAAGAUGGAACAAAAAUUUCCUUGCUCAAAAUCGAUUACUCAACAGAGAAAUCUGUUCAUGUGCGUCUUCCUUGUGAUCAGGGUAUUCAAUUAGAAAAUAGUAUCCUUUCAGUUGUUAGAGAAGAGAAGCUUGCGUUUUUAUCACAGCCAGAUAGAAAAUCCAAGACUGAGAUAUGGGUGACAAACAAGAUUGAUGAGACGACCAAAGAAGUUUCUUGGAGCAAGGUCUUAGCAUUGGAUCUGAGCCGUCGUAAUCAAAUUUUGAAUUGUGGAAGUUUCUUGUUAGAUGAGGAGAAGAAAGUCUUGGUGUAUUGUGACAUAUUGGAUCAUUAUGAUAUAGAACGUAUCAAAAACAAUAUAGAAAAUGUUGGGGAGGAUAAUAUAGUCACAACAUUGGAGUUUGGAGUAGAUAAAGUGAAAUUAUGUUUGCCAGCUAUUCAUAAUUACGUUCCAAGUUUGGAUAAAAUCAAGCAAGCAAAAGCUCAAGGCAAAAGGAAAAGAGGUGACGACUAA